GUUUUCUGUCUGCCUUAACUAAAGACGCUAGAGAUCAUGAAUGAAAACGAAUAUGUAUCAAAUUCAACCAUUAUUGAAUGGCCAACGCUACAAGUAUAUCAGAUAGUAUUGGGCUUUACGAAUAUAGUUCUGAAUGUCAUUUCCUGCGUGCUGACUUUGAUUACGAUGUUGUGUAUAAUACUGAACAAGAACUUUAGAAAGUCAACCAACAUCAUACCUUUCAACAUUGUUCUAUGUGAUUUCGUUAUGGUCAUGACGCUUUCUGUUCAUUUCUUGGACAAUUCGCCAACUGAUGCUGCAUUUGUUUUGAUAUACGUAGCAGAUUUCGCAUCUGUACUGAGCAUUUUACUAGCCGCCGUACACCAGUUCACUACCAUCCGGUUGGACCCGUUCGGUACCCGUGGACUUAUCACGACGCCCCGUGUCAUCGUUGCCUGUAUUAUCAGCUGGGUCGUCUUCACACCUGCCGGGAUUUUCUUCAGAAGGAUUCAGAAUUACAAAGUUUUUUACGUUGCAUCAGCAUCUAGCGACACGGCUCUCCUCGUCCUCACUGGCUUCUUCUAUGGCUUCGUCUAUACCACAAUCUCAAGCGGCCCGGCUGGUAUCAGCUUUUCUAAUCAGAGAAAACUAGAAAACAGAAGAGUAUUUGUCACAAUAUCUCUCAUUUACGUUACAACUUUAUUUUUUAGAGUAGUGUAUAGAUUAUUAUAUGUCCUGGCUGGAUUUUUGGAUUCGAUUGACUUUAUUCUUGUGGGAAAUAUCAUCUAUGAUAUUGGAACAAUGUCAAACUCACUGGUAUAUUGGUGGCGACUUAAAGAGUUUAGAUCUUUAUUUAAGUGUAAGAAAAUCACAAGAAUCGAUGUACAUGUUUAAUGUCUAUGUAAAGUAGGCCUAUUAUCAGAAAACAAGUCAA